CGAAAUUAUCACUAUUUCUCCUCGGAGAACAGUCCGGCAUUCAAACGCCUCGGACUAUCCGGGUCGUUCUCUGCUCUGGUAGACCUGACGUUGUUCAGUAGUGAAAUAGAAGAAGGUGGACGGAUUUCCGGGUUGUGACCGUGCUUCCCCAACCGGACUGAAUGUCUCCAGGUGCCAGUUCUCCACCUACCUGACAACUCCUGGUGAAUGUGAAAGCCUCGUACUCAUAGUCAAAAUAUUUAUUUAUUUCUCAAUAAGAUCUAAGCUUUCACCAUUUCAGGGAAACGGCACCAAUAGAUACGCUGAAAGCAGUGUCCGCCCCAUGAACAGUUACGCAAUGGUUGAGGAGUAGUAGUUCUGCGUGAAGAUGCCCGCAGAUUCCAAGGCCGACGCCAACGCCAAAGUCCCAAUGAUGGGCAGUUUAACAGAAGCUCCCAGACAAAAUCCCAUACUAAAAUGGAUGCGAAUGAAUCUUCUACUUAUGCUGACGAUCGCAGGUGUACUCAUCGGCAUCCUGGUGGGUUUCCUGGCUCGGAUGGGAGAGUACAACGAUGACGUGGUGGCUCUUGUCUCAUUCCCAGGCGAUAUUCUAAUGCGCAUGUUAAAGAUGCUUAUUCUUCCUCUUAUUAUUUCAUCCAUGGUAUCAGGUCUUGCUCAGCUGGAUCCUAAAUCCAGCGGUAAAAUGGGUGCUAGAGCGCUGGCUUACUACUUCUCAACUACCAUUCUGGCUGCAGUUGUGGGCAUCGUGCUGGUUAUUAUCAUCCAUCCUGGCGAUCCUUCCAUCAAGGAAGAAGUUGGUACUGGAACUGAAGAAAAGACGGUUUCUACCCUUGACGCCUUCCUAGAUCUCAUAAGGAAUAUGUUCCCCGAGAACUUAUUGCAAGCCUGUUUCCAGCAAGUUGAGACGAGUUAUUCUAAAGAGAAGCCUAAAAUACUGAAAGUGACGGGUCUAAACGAUUCUGUGGGUAUUGGAGAAAUUCUCAAUGAAACUCAAUACAUCACCAAAAGGACGCUCACAUAUAAAGACGGAACAAAUGUUUUAGGAUUAAUUGUAUUCUGCAUUGCUUUUGGUAUCUUUGCCGGCAACAUGGGACCAGACGGUCGCAUUAUGGUUCAUUUCUUCGUCGUUCUCAAUGAAAUUGUUAUGCGAAUUGUCUACCUCAUCAUGUGGUAUUCCCCCUUCGGAAUCAUGUCUUUAAUCGUAGGGAAGAUCAUGUCUAUUGAAGACUUGGCUGUUACUGCCCAGCAGCUAGGCUUAUAUAUGUUAACUGUCAUCGUUGGUCUCCUUAUGCAUGGUAUUAUAACAUUGCCAGGAAUAUAUUUUCUUAUCACGCGAAAAAACCCAUGGCCAUUCUUUCAAGGUAUGCUUCAAGCUUGGGUGACAGCGCUUGGUACGGCAUCUAGUGCUGCUACGCUCCCUGUCACCUUCAAGUGUCUGGAAGAAAACAACAAUAUCGAUUGUCGGGUUACGAGGUUUGUUCUACCCGUCGGAGCAACUGUUAACAUGGAUGGCACUGCUCUGUACGAAGCUGUCGCCGCCUUGUUCAUCGCCCAAAUGAACGGUAUCACUUUGUCUGCGGGACAGGUCAUCGCUGUGAGCUUAACUGCCACUGCUGCCAGUAUCGGAGCUGCUAGUGUGCCAAGCGCUGGUUUAGUGACAAUGUUGUUGGUUCUAACUGCUGUUGGACUACCAACUCAGGACAUUUCUAUGAUCGUUGCUGUCGACUGGCUGCUCGACCGAAUCCGGACAUCUGUUAAUGUUCUUGGAGAUGCUUUCGGUGCUGGAAUAGUUUACCACUUGUCCAAGAAGGAAUUAGAUCAAAUGGAUGCUGAACUCGCUGCCAGGGAAGAGGUAGAAAUGCUGGAUACUCGGAAGUUUUCCAUCUCUGCAAGAGGUAGUGUGGGAGAUAAAGGUCACUCUAGCAACUUCAAAGGGGGAGACGAAAGCCAAAUUUAAGCAGGAAAUGUACAAAACUGUAAGCAUGUUGUGGAAGACAGGGAAGCAACAAAAAUUAAAUACUGUGUUUUUUUUUUUUUUUUUUUUUUUUUUUUUUUAAUUAUUGUAUUCCUUUUCUCGAACAUAUGUUAAAUAUGACAACCGUAUAACGGAAAGAUGAGGGGCAAAAAGUUUAAGUGACGCAAUCGUCGGAUAUUGAAAAAAAUCCUACGAUAUUUUGGGUCACUUAUGUGUUAAGAGAUUAUAAGUGACACUCUGUGAGUUGUUUUUCGUAUUUUUCUCAAAAAUUUUGAUUGAUAUAUCCUUUCUUCUAUGUCACAGCAGCGCUAAGUCUUCGACUUAUCGUUUUAAAUAUGACUAGUGCUGCCAUCUAUCACCCUUUUUCGUAAUCAUUUCAUUGUGCCCAGUUGACGCUUUUGAGACGACGGCUACAUAAGUAAACCUUUAAUAUUAUUUACGUAUCGUAUUAUGGUAAAAUAUUUGUUGUAUUUUAACAUAUUGUUGCUUCUUGUGAUGUAAAAAAUGUUUUAUUUUAGUUGUCAGUUGUGACAAUAGUAAUAAAUAUAUUUAUAUUGUAUAUUUAGAUAUUAAAAUUAUUCAAUAAAGUUGAAAAUUAUUUUUCUAAAGCAAAUUUUAACUUUAUCUAUCAUAAGUGUUAACUUUAUCCUAUUAUUUAAAAUUUUUUAACUUUAUCUACCAUAUGUGUUAAAAGAACUUAACAUAAGUAAUGCGUUUUAACAUUUCUAUAGACAUGUCUGAUUCUGAAUCAUUCGUCUCAAAUAUAUCUUUGAUAAAUCUUUAGAAACUGAAAUGAAUUUUAUGAAAUAAACGACAUAAUUUUUUCAAUUUUUGCUAAUCUGCUGACUUUUUAUUAAUUUUUAAAUGGUAAUAAUUUGAAAUAAAACAUUUUGUAAUUUUCUCAAGAAAUUUCAAUAUUUAAUAUCGAAAACAUUUUUUCACCUAGAAUGACCAACUGCAUGUAAUUUACUCAGAAAAGAUGCUUUUUAUUACAGAAUAGACUUAAUAAUCAUUUCGUAUGUGAGUAUAUGUGUAUUUUUCAUGUUCGUAUUCGAUCUUGUAAAUAAAUGUAGUUGCUAAAAUCAUUGUAGAAGCAAAUUAAUCUGUAUUUUUCAUCUGCUUACCCAAUUGUAAAAUUAAAAAAUUUUGUCUUUUUUUGAAAUAAAUAUUUUGCUCCAAA